UUUGAAUCUCUCAACAAACAGGGAUUACUAACACUACUCUCGGUAGAAGUAGUGCUCACCAACGUGCCUUUCCGCUGAGCAGACAUCGCCAACGGACAUCAUGAGCCGCACUUUGUCACUGAUUCUUCUCACGGUACCGCUGCUGCUGGUAUUGUCCAGUGGUGGUUAUCAUGGGUACCCGCUUCCUAAGAAGGGCGGAGAGCAUCUGCUAAAUGAAAUGCUGAUGAAGAAUGACCGUUUGGUGCUGGAGGAAAUACACGAAUGCUUUCCUAGGCUUCCUCGUAUCAGCUGGGCCUUUGACACAUACCAGGUGGAAGCUGCGGUUGGGGCAGCAAUUCAAUUCUUUAAUGCAACCAUUUACUUCUUCAAUGAAAACUUCGAAGCACUGGGAUUGUCGCAGGAGCUUUGUCAUGAGCUUUUACAGAUUCUAGAUCGGCUAAUAGAAGAAUGGGCUCCGUACGUGACCGACACAACAGUGAAUGAAGACGUCAGCCAAGGCAUAUCCGAAUUCUACAGACAGCUAAUAAAGCUUGUCCCAAAGGAGGGUAACGCUGCAUGUGUUCUGAGUGUGAUCAGUGAGAAUUUAUAUCAGGUUGCUCAUCUCUUAUCACGUGUGCGAAAACACCUUCUCGUAAAUGAGACCUCCAGAGUGGGCUACUUCAAAGAUGAAUAA